CGGCAAGCGGAGGUCAGUUUCGAAUCAGUGGCGGCGGAUUCCCUCUCGGCCCCGCAACGGGACUGCUGGAAGGAUGCGAAGCCCGAGCCCGGUGUGGCUGCUGGGGGGCACCAUCCUGCUGGUGGCCUCUGCCUCCUGCAAUCACACCGUCCGAGGAGUCAACAAAUCCUCUAAAGGAAGAAGUCUAAUUGGUAUAAAUGAUGACUCAUCUCGAAUCGCUGGAAAAGGAGUUACAGUGGAACCAGGCUUUUCUGUGGAUGAGUUUUCUGCCUCCCUCCUGACUGGAAAACUUACUACUGUCUUUCUUCCAACUGUGUACACGAUUGUAUUUGUGGUUGGUUUGCCAAGUAAUGGCAUGGCCCUGUGGGUCUUUCUUUUCCGAACAAAGAAGAAGCACCCUGCUGUGGUUUAUAUGGCCAAUCUGGCCUUGGCAGACCUCCUCUCUAUCAUCUGGUUCCCUUUGAAGAUUGCCUAUCAUGUACAUGGCAACAACUGGGUUUAUGGGGAAUCUCUUUGCAAGGUACUUGUUGGUUUUUUCUAUGGCAACAUGUACUGCUCCAUUCUCUUUAUAACCUGCCUCAGCGUGCAGAGGUAUUGGGUUAUCGUGAACCCCAUGGUGCACACCAGGAAGAACUCGAAUAUUGCCAUCGGUAUCUCCCUGGGAAUAUGGGUGCUGAUUCUGCUGGUUACCAUCCCCUUGUAUGUUGUGAAGCAGACCAGUUACAUUCCAGUCCUGAACAUCACAACCUGUCAUGAUGUUUUACCCAAGGAGGUGUUGGUGGGGGACAUGUUCAAUUAUUUCCUUUCUCUGGCCAUUGGAGUCUUCCUGUUCCCAGCCGUCCUCAUGGCUUCUGCCUAUGUGCUGAUGAUCAGAACACUUCAAUCUUCUGCCAUCGAUGAAAACUCAGGAAAGAAGAGGAAGAGAGCCAUCAAACUUAUUGUCACUGUCCUGGUCAUGUACCUUAUCUGCUUCACUCCUAGCAACAUUCUGCUUGUAGUGCAUUAUUUCAUGAUUAAACAAUGGGGCCAGAGCCACGUCUACAGACUGUACAUCUUGGCCCUCUGCCUUGCAACCCUCAACAGCUGCAUCGACCCCUUUGUCUAUUACUUUGUCUCAGAAGACUUUAGGAAUCAUGCAAAGAACGCUCUUCUUUGUCGGAGUGUCCGGACGGUAAAGCGGAUGCAAGUAUCCCUCACAUCGAAGAAAUCUUCCAGGAAAUCCAGCUCUUACUCUUCAAGUUCAACCACCAUUAAAACCUCCUAUUGAGUAUUCCAGCUCCACCGAUGAGAAUUUUACAGGAGGA